CGAGCGAAAAAAGUCUCUCUGUGUUGCUGGAUCAAUCAGAGAUCUGAGAAAGUCACGUACAAAAUUUUCCGAGAGAGCGCAUUUUUCCCUUGAUCCAAACGCACGCUAUAUAAUUUAGCAAAAAAGAGAGGGAGAGAGGGGGAAAAGAGAAAGAUGAAUUUAUUCAGAUUAGCUGGGGACAUGACCCAUUUGGCAAGCGUCAUCGUUUUGCUCCUCAAGAUCCACACCAUCAAAUCCUGCGCUGGAAUUUCCUUGAAGACGCAAGAACUCUACGCUCUUGUUUUUGCUGCGCGCUAUUUGGAUAUAUGCACCCAUUUCAUCUCACUUUAUAAUACCAUAAUGAAGUUAAUAUUCUUGGGGAGCUCUUUCUCGAUCGUUUGGUAUAUAAGACGCCACAAAAUAGUACGCAGAUCCUAUGAUAAGGACCAAGACACUUUUCGGCAUGUUUUCCUCGUGUUACCUUGCUUGCUUUUGGCAUUACUUAUACACGAUAAAUUCACCUUUAGAGAGGUACUGUGGACUUUUUCGCUAUAUUUGGAGGCAGUUGCUAUAGUGCCCCAGCUGCUAUUGUUGCAAAGGACAAGAAAUAUUGACAACCUGACUGGACAAUAUGUUUUCCUACUUGGUGCGUAUCGAGCAUUGUAUAUAUUGAACUGGAUGUAUCGCUACUUUACUGAGGACAAUCAUGUCCAAUGGAUAACUUGGAUAUCAGGGCUUAUCCAGACGCUGCUCUAUGCCGAUUUUUUCUACUAUUACUUUCAGAGCUGGAAGAACAAUGAGAAACUCCAGUUACCAGCUUGAUCAUCUUUGACCAUGGUGGUUAGGCUUAGGUUGCCGUUAGCAUACAUGAAUAUGUAAUAACCUAGCUACUUACAUACCCAACAAAAAAAAAAAAAAAUGUAAUAGCAUAUAUUUGAUUCUUAUAUAUAUAUAUAUUUUUUUUCAUGUGCUUCA